GAAACGAAAGAGGAGUAACCUGGAAUGGUCAACCAUAAGCUUGCAUAUUCUCCAUUCUCUUCCUCAUUAGCUAGGCUCUCUUCCUCUCUUUUCUGAGCAAUAUUAGUUGGUCUAUUCGUUUAUCGUUGUACAUCUUUGUACAGAAGCCAAACUGGCCCUUGCCAUUGACGGUUUUCUUAAAGCCUCCCCUUCCAAACAACUAGUUUCUUUUAACUCACAGCAGAAAGCAACACUCAGCUGGCCCAAUAAAAAAAAGACCAUUAUGGAUCAGUGGGUGACCAAAACAACGAGUAGUGAACCCCAGAACUCAGAAACUGAAAGCUCAAACUCUUUCUGUUCCAACCCUGCAUCCCCAUCCUCACCCCAAAGCUCCAAACCCCCAUCGCCAGACUGCCGAAAAGACAAGCGAAUCCGGAACUCCACCAAGAAAGCCCCACUAUACCGCGGCGUUCGCAUGAGAAAUUGGGGCAAAUGGGUCUCCGAAAUCCGCGAGCCCCGCAAAAAAUCCCGCAUAUGGCUCGGUACUUACCCCACCCCGGAAAUGGCCGCUAGAGCCCACGAUGUCGCUGCGCUGAGCAUCAAAGGAAACUCCGCCAUACUAAAUUUCCCGGAGCUCGCCCACUUACUGCCCCGCCCCGUCUCGCUGGCUCCACGUGACGUGCAAGCCGCGGCGGCUAAGGCAGCCAGGAUGGAUAACUUCGACUUGACGUCGCCGUCGUUGUCGUCGCUGGUUUCGGCGAUGGACUUGUCGAAAGAGUCAGAGGAGUUGAGUGAGCUCGUUGAGUUGCCGAGUUUGGGGACGAAUUAUGAGUCGGAGCGCUUGAGUAAGGAGUUUGUGUUUGUUGACUCGGUGGAUUGCUGGGGGAUGUACUCCCAGCCAUGGCCUCAGUGCGUGGAGGAUUGUGGGUAUCCAGAUGCUUGUGAUCAAUUGGCAGUGCCGGAGAAUGAGUCAAAUAAUUAGCUGUGGAGGUGUAUUGCGGGAGUACAAGUACUAGCAGCCAGAGCUCUGUUUUGCGAAUGUGAGUGUCUACGACUGUCCCAGCUUUUUCUUUUUUGUUUCUCAGUUUUAAGCACUUUCACUUUUUUAAGAAGGGUUAAUACUCUUCUUUUUUUCCAUAUCUCCGUACGUGUGUUCUUUUUAUUUUUUGUGUGUAAAACCCCUCUUCCUCAUCUAAUUGUACAGUGUUAGGUGGAAAAGAAGAAUAUACAUUAAUUUCUUUUUU